UUCCAGGUAUUGGCCAAUGUUGCUUACAUCAUAGUGGAAGAGAGUGAGGAAGGAUCAAAGGGUAGAAACUUCUGGAAGGAGUUGUUUAUCCUUAUAGAUUUGGUUUGCUGUGGAGCUAUUCUGAUGCCGGUAGUCUGGAGUAUACGUCAUCUACAGGACGCCAGUAACACGGAUGGGAAGGCUGCCAUGAGUCUAGAGAAACUGAAGUUGUUCCGUCACUUCUACGUGAUGGUGGUCUGCUACGUGUACUUCACAAGGAUCAUUGUGUAUCUUCUUAGGAUCACUGUUCCUUUCCAG